AUGAGCGCGGAGCAAAACAACGUUCCCGACGCAUGGGAAACAGACUGGGAAAUGCUGGCAGACAAGCAGGACCAGACUCCCGAAUCCGCCGACAAGAAAGUGUCUUCAAAGGUAACCAAAGCGCAACGUAGGGCUGCGCAGGCGGAAUUCAAUAGACAACUAUGGGCUGAAGCGGAUGCUCCGCAAACAUUCCACUACCUCGAGUCCAAAGCAGAUGUCGUCCCGCUCAAGCAGGAAUUCAAGCCUGCAGUCACCGUGCUGAGUCGCAGACCGCAGAUGGCCUCGAGGAACGGAGACGCUGCCACGGCCGGCCUUUCGGCCUUGAAUCUUGGACCAGAUGGGAAAGAAUUGUACGACUCUGACGAAGAAGCGAAUAAGGCCCCGGAGAUGACGCCGGAAGAACGACACGCUAAAGCUUUGAAAGACCGGGAAGAGAAACAGCGCAAGUACGAAGAAGUUCGUGAAAGGCUAUUCGGGAAUUCUUCGACUCCGGGUUCUGGCGCCUCAUCACCCGGUGGCACACCCCCGCCAUCCAGACAUCAGAGCAGCGGCGGUGAAGGGAACCGUGGUCGAGGACGCAAUCGAGGCGGUGGGAGAGACAGGGAUAACAGCAAUCGCGAGAAACGAGACUCUCCAGGAGCCAGUAAUAAUAAUAUGGGCAAGCAAAGACAACUAUACGACCCAAACUACGCUGCCAAAUCAAAUUCAACAUAUCUACAACGAAGAGAUCGUCCACAACAAUCUUCUACAGAAAGAUCCGAUACCGAGCAACAAGUCCCCAAGCAGCCUAUCAGAAACCCCAGAGGCCCCGAUAGCAACGGACGCGGCGGGUUUGGUUUUGGCCCUCGUGGAAGAGGAGCUUAA